ACGCUAGGUCAAUGUGUCCUUCCACACGUGCUUCCUGCAUCUUCCAGAAGCGGCACUAAGUUGUAGGGUAGAUAGAGGCUUCCCUCGGCGUUGAUUUAACUUAUUCUGUUGUUAAAAGUGUUUAUAUUUUUACACGGUCAUGCUGAAGUCAAUUAUCCGGGCGGCUGGAGCCGCUGUUCGGUUUUCCUCAGCCGCUCCGGGAGCCCUGCCGCUCCGCUGUCCGACACUGCGCAGCCCGAGCUCGGCCACGGCUCGUCCGUUCACCCGCUCCCUGUGGAUGAUGAACAACGGAGCCUCCUCGGGGUACAGACCCAAACUGUUCAGCUCCAAGGUGUUGGCUCCGUCGGUGUCGUGUGGAUGUGGAGGACUGCACACAGAAGGUGACAAAGCUUUUGGUGACUUCCUGUCGGAUGAAAUCGCAGAGGAGAAGAAGAUCCAGAAAAAGCAAACCCUUCCUAAGAUGUCAGGGGGAUGGGAGCUGGAGCUGAACGGCACAGAGGCUAAACUCUCAAAACAUGUUUCUGGAGAAAAAGUCACAGUCUCAUUCAACGUGAACAACAGUAUUCCUGCUAACUUUGAGGAGGAUGAGGAGGAGCACGAAAAGACACAGAAAUCUGUAGAGGAGGAGCCAGAAAUUGUAUCAACACCCAACUUUGUUGUUGAAGUAACAAAACAAGCUGCUAAACAUUCCCUAGUGUUUGACUGCCAGUUCCCAGAAGACGAGAUAAGUCACGAUGAAGGCGAGGAGGAGAGCGACAUCUUCAACAUUCGGGAGGUCAGUUUCCAGCCAGAGGGGGACCUCGACUGGAAGGAGACCAGCUACACGCUCAGCACAGACUCUCUGGACUGGGCGCUCUACGACCACCUGAUGGACUUCUUGGCCGACCGCGGCGUCGACAACACCUUUGCUGACGAGCUCUCCGAGCUGAGCACCGCCAUCGAGCAUCAAGAGUACAUCAAGUUCUUAGAAAGUCUCCAAGGAUUUGUCAAAUGUAACUAAAGUUGAGCGACUUGUCCCGUUCCUGGCAGAGGAUGGACCGGGAGCGUUCGUCAGCAGAAACAAACCAGUUGCGUUCGAGUCAGACCGGCCAGCAUCUGCCACAUUUAUCCUCGUCAGUAAAUGUUCUUUGUAACAAUGUGUCUUUCUGUAACUUAAAUGAGAUAGGCUAAAUAAAUGGUAUGAUGACUCCAA